AUGGCGGUGAAGAUGGCGACGAUGGCGGCGAUGGUGACGACGGGCGUUGCGUUCAUGCAGGCGCCAACGUCCCUGCCGAGAAGAUUGUCCACUUCAGCCUCCUCCUCCUCGUUUGUUUCCUCUCCUGCUCCCCGUUCAUCACUCUUGUCCACCUCAAGACUGUCCAAGGGCAGCAAGGAGAAAACAUGCGUCAGUGGCCUUGGGGGUCUUGCGAUGAUGGCGGAUGGAAAGGCGAAGAAGAUCAUCGUGCUAGGAGGAGACGGCUUCUGCGGUUGGCCUACUUCCCUCCAUCUCUCCAGCCAGGGCCACGAUGUUGUUGUGGUUGAUAACCUCUCGCGUCGCAACAUCGACAUCGAGAUGGGAUGCGACUCGCUCACCCCCAUCCAGCACCCUGAGAUUCGUCUCAAGGCCUGGGAGGAAGUCGGCGGCCGCGCCAUGCGCUUCGUCAACCUUGACGUCGCCAAGGAGUACGACCUGCUGGUUCAGCUGUUCAAGCAGGAGAAGCCUGACGCCGUUGUCCACUUCGCCGAGCAGAGAGCUGCUCCUUAUUCCAUGAAAACGUCAAAGACGAAGAGGUACACCGUUGACAACAACAAAGGCGAGCGCGUCGAGAUCUUCAACCAGGUGGCCGAGACGGCGAGGGUGCGCGACCUGGCCAAGAUGAUUCAGGACCAGACGGGCUGCGAGGUGAACUACCUCAACAACCCGCGCAAUGAGGAUGCGGAGAACGAGCUGGUGGUGUCCAACAACAAGUUCAUCAACUUCCUGGGCGACAUGAUCAGGCUGGAGAGCCAGGAGGGUCUCUUCGACGAGGUGCAGACCAUCACCUCCACCUACAAGCACAGGUGCAUCAAGGAGAAGAUUCUCCCCGCCUCCUUCUGGAACAAGAGGACGGCCGCCGCCUGCGCUGACAACACCCUUGAAGUCAUGAAGGCCAAUGUCCCCGAGGGAGAGAAGAAGUUGGGAGGAGUUUUCAUGUGA